CGCUGGCUCGAUCAGCUCUAUAUUAACCCACCUGCUCAGUUAGCUUCGUCCUCAACGCUCAGCUCGAUAAGCUUGGAUCAUCAGCAUCUCCACCCACACAUACACAUGGAUCAUCAGCGUCACAACCAAGCCGGCGCCAUGUACUACACGAGCGCCGUUGCUAAUCCCUCCUGCUCCUCCUCGGACUCAUUUCCGUCCGACUUGACCGGCGGCGACGUGUACUACACCGGAUUCAAUGGCGCCGCCGAUCCCUUCUGCUCCUCCUCAGACUCAUUCCCAUCCGACUUGAGCAGCGGCGAGAUGCUCUACCCCGGCUACAUGGGCGCCGGCAACAACCCAUCCUGCUCCACCUCCUCCUCCUCCUCGGACUCGUUCCCAUCCGACUUUAGCAGCGGCGAGAUGGUCUACGCGGGUGCGGGACGGGAACCGCGCCGCAAACCGGCGGCGGCGACUUCGUUCAUCGGCGUGCGUGCGCGGCCGUGGGGCAGGUUCGCGGCGGAGAUCCGCGACUCGACGCGAGGCGGCGCGCGCGUGUGGCUGGGAACCUUUGGCACCGCCGAGGCCGCCGCGAUGGCCUACGACCAGGCGGCGUUGUCUUCGCGUGGCGCGGCCACGGCGCUCAACUUCCCCGUAGACCGCGUCCAGGAGUCGCUCCGCGCGCUAGAGCUCAGUGCCGUCUCCACAACGCCCACGGGCACCGGCGGCUCGCCCGUCCUGGCGCUCAAGCGGCGGCACUGCAAGAGGAGGAGGCGCAGCAAGGCCGAGAUGGUGACAGAGGCGGCGGCGACGGGCGGCGGUAGGAGGAGGAAGAGCAAGAUUUGCAGCAAUGGCACGACCGGGCAGACGCGGUUCGUGGUGGAGCUGGAGGACCUGGGCGCUGACUACCUGGAGGAGCUUCUCAGGAUCUCCGACGACCACCCGCUCCAGCUUCAAGUACCUGGAGCUGACUUUGUGCAGUACGGUGGAUUGCAGUAGUAUGGUGAAUUGUACAUGUAGCGUAUGCAAAGUGUUGAGUUUGAG